CCUCUGGGGCGAGGCCGCUCAACCGGCUCCGCUGGCCUAGCUGCAGCUAGUCGAGACGGGAGGGGCCUGGGUGCGGGCCGCCGGGCGGAGCCCCUAACUCUGACAAAGUGGAGCUCCUGACCACGCCCCCGCAAAUUCUGUUAAGUACUUUCACCCCCUGACCUUUGAGGAUGGAGAAUUCUGGAGCUUGAGGAAAUUGUUUUACGUUCCCAGCUACAAAGGAAAAAGAUGGUUACCCACCACCGCGGCAACACCUCUAAGUCUUAUUUCCCCACUUCCUGUCUUCAUAUUUUGAAUUUUCUCCCUUUGUUUCUCUGGUGAGAGUUUGUAAGCACUGACUGCCAUUCUGAAAGAAGUUCCUUCUGUAGGUUUGAGUCAACACCUGUCAGUCAUCUUCGUAAUACCGGGUUGGAUACCUAAAGCUGCGGGGGAAAAGGAUCAGGAGAACUUUCAGGACGAGACUGUAUCCAACACUUCAGGUAUGGCAGAAAUGAAGUCGAUGUUCCGGGAAGUUCUUCCAAAACAAGGGCAGUUGUAUGUAGAAGAUAUACCCACAAUGGUGCUAUGUAAACCCGUACUUUUACCAUUAAGAUUUAUGACUGUGCCAAAACUGGAGAAAAUACAGCAAGCAGGACAGGAUACAAUUCGCCAACAGGAAAUGACAGAAAAGGAACAACAGAAAAUAACUCACUGAACAACGGUAUCAAAACAUAAUCAAAACCCUAAAAAUGGAAAUUAAUAAGGACUUGAAAGAGCCCAUGAAAUAAAAUGAAUAUAAAUUUGUAAGUUUUAUUUCUAAAAGACUGUAGCUAGGCCUGUAAUGGGUAUGUUCCUAGGAAUACCUUUGUAAAUUCUGAAUAUAAUUCUUGGUUGGUUUGCUGCAGUUGGUGAUAGACAGUUUAAAUUAGUAUGGACCUUGAGGCCUUGCUGAGUAAUUAGGCUCUGCAAAAGAGGUUAGAAAUGUGAUCUUCCUUUAGAUAACUGUUAUCGGUAACUACUAUUUUCUCAUACACUGACUAAAUGUAAAACUUUGAGUCUUUGAAGAAUAAUUUUUAUAACACAAGCAUUACUUGGUAAUAGAACUUAACGAUGAAAGGUAUAUACGUUUAGAAGUUUCAUUAAGUUCUAGAUAAGAUCAAAAACAAGUGUGCAAGUAUUUCCCAAGUAUAAUAUUAAAAUUAUUUAUUUACUACUGUACUCUUGUUUUAAAAGUUUGCCAAGAGCAAAGUUUAAAUUAAGUAGGUUCAAAUAUGCUCUUUUAUAUGAUUUAAAAUUUGCUGUGGGAAAUAAGUUUUUUAAAAGAUCUAAAAUAAAUGCACUCCAAAUAAAGAAUCAA